AUGGCUGAAGACACCCCGCCAUUCCGCUUCAUGGACAUGCCCCGCGAGAUCAGGGGUGAAGUAUACAGUCAUCUGCUCCUAAGAGACGAGCCUACUCUCACCUUUGUUGAGCACUCCAUUGACACGGCUAUCUUGCGCACUAACAGCCAGAUUCACCGUGAGGCCUAUGAUGUCAUGGUGAAAUCUAACCAAUUCAUUCGACUCAAUUGCGUAAUGUACAUGCCUUUUCUCGAGGGCUUUGCAGGUCACGGCAUGCCAACUAUGGCAUGUGGGCCCGUUGUAGAGCAGUUCAAAGGACAUGUACUCGCCGUCACUGUUUUCAUCGAGACCGACACACACGCUCUUGACGAAGAAUGCCAGGAAAUCAGUAUCAUGAUGAUGGGCAGUGGCCUCGAGCGGUUUUGUCGCAGCUUGGCGUUCUUAUUGCGAAAUACCCAAGAAUGCGCCACAAGCCUUGAUAUUGAAGUGGGACCAAUAUGUUUUGAGAACCACGUCCAUUACAAGAACGACAUGACUGGGUACUUCUCCGAGACCAUACAGAAAGUUCUGGAGUCGCUGGAAUCAAAGAAAGACGAAGGGCUUGGCUUCUAUCGUAAAGGGGACUUCAUGCAGGCUAGUAUGCUGUGGGCGGAAGUUUCCAUGGAGGUUGCGAGCCUUCGCAGGGGAAAGUCUUGGGACAAGAUACAAAGAAUUAGCGGUGAUAGUUUCAUCGAGAGAAUUGCUGAUCUGCAAUUCAAGAUGGCCCUCAACGUAGCCCAGGCAACCAUCAAAGUAAGAUAUAUGACUUACAGCAUGUUGGGUAAGAGCAGAAGUAAUCCGGAGCUACAACGAGAUAUGGCAGAGUGCGGAUUGAAAAUGUCGGCGGAUGCGGCGGCUCCCGGAUAUUGGCGGGAUGGAUACACAUGGAAGUAUUCCGACGUCCUCCGAGCGAAGCUGCUAUAUCGCAGAACCAUGUGUGUUAGGAUGUGGGGAACGAUUGAUGAGGCUGAGGAUGCUCACAUGUUUCUCGGAAAGGCGUUGGAGCUGGUACCCGACGACCCCGUGAUGCUUCAAGAGAAGGAAAAUCUGAUGAAAUGGUUCUUAGGAGAGUAG